UGGACAGGUUUUUUUCUGUUCAUUCUUCUCUGAUAACUAUAAAUAGCAAGUAAAUAUGUGUCAUGUGGCUUUCUUCUUGACAUGUACUUUUUUUCUCCCCUCCCUCAGUGCCCUUGGGGAGAAGAUCCACUCAUUGGUUUUAUACCAAACCUGACAAGGCCUCAGUUGUCAAAGGUGGCACCAGGAGGAUGUCACACAUAGGAGUAAAACUGUUCCUAGAGCAAAUGAUGAUGAGACAUCUGGAGGUGAAUGCAUGCUUGUACCCACACAUGGAGGCUUUGUGGGGGACUGAGGGGUCUCUGAAAGAGAGCUCCAGUGAGAGUAAGAAAUCCAGCCCACAAACGGACAGUCUUGGUCCUGAGAGCGCUCGCCAGCACUUUCGGAGCUUCUAUUAUCAUGAAGCGCCUGGACCACUUGAGGCUGUCAGCCAACUUCAGGAAUUAUGCCACCAGUGGCUGAGGCCAGAAAUCCACUCGAAAGAGCAGAUCUUGGAACUGCUGGUGCUAGAGCAGUUCCUGACUAUUCUACCCAGGGAGACCCAGAACUGGGUGCAGAAGUACCGUCCACAGAGCAUCAGAGAGGCUGUGGCCCUGGUAGAGCGCUUUCAGAGAGAACCUGAUGGAAUAAGUGAUGAGGUCACAAUCCAUGAGCUGGGAAAGGAGGCAGUGCCCUUGGGAGGAACAGCAGUGGCCCCAGGCUUUAAGUGGAAGCCAGCAGAGCCCCAACCAAUGGGUAUGUUCCAGAAAGAAUGUUGGAAUACAUACCGGGUACUACAGGAACAGCUGGGCUGGAAUACUCACAAAGAAACCCAGCCUGUAUAUGAAAGAGCUGUGCCUACUCAACAGAUUCUAGCCUUUUCUGAGCAGAAAAGCCCCCCAAACUGGAAGAUGGCAUCUGAGCUCAUCUUGCCUGAGUUCCAGAGCCUGUUGACAUUUGAAGAUGUGGCAGUGUCCUUUUCUGAGGAAGAAUGGAAGUUACUGGACCCUACUCAGAAGAUCCUUUACAAUGAUGUAAUGCAGGAGAACUAUGAGACUGUCAUCUCUCUAGAUCGAGAGGCAGGAAAUGCUGUUGGAGGAGCUGGUACCCGUGGGACCCGCGCACGUACCGCCGAACGUCCACCUGGAGUCGCCCCCACUGCAAGUGAUGGGACCCGCCCCGGACGCCCCCGUGGCGGAGGCCUGGAUGCCCCAGGCGGGGCUGCCGGAGCUGGGCUACGGUGCUGCCGAGGAUUGCCGGCCCUUCCUGGACCCUGGAUAUCCCAUACCAAAGCUUGACGUGAGCUUUCCAUUGGAGCCUCGGGAAGAAGCGUGGGUGAAGGAACUACAAGAUUCCAAAGAAAUGAAGCAAUUACUUGAUUCCAAGAUAGGUUUUGAGAUCGGGAUAGAAAACGAAGAUGAUACUUCAAAACAGAAAAAACUGGAGAACAUGUACCCAUUUAUUGUUACUCUAGAGGGGAAUGCUCUCCACGGGCCCAUCUUGCAGAAGGACUAUGUACAGUUGGAGAAUCAAUGGGAGAGCCCCCCAGAGGAUUUACAGACAGAUUUAACAAAACUGGUAGAUCAUCAGGACCCCCCAGCAGGAGAGAAACCUGAAAAUUCCAACGUGGAAGAACCUCUUAACCCCAGGCCCCAGAAGAAAAAGAGUCCAGGGGACAAACCUCACCGAUGUCCUCAGUGUGGGAAGUGUUUUGCUCGGAAGUCACAACUUACGGGGCACCAGAGAAUUCACUCAGGAGAGGAGCCCCAUAAAUGCCCUGAGUGUGGAAAAAGAUUCCUCCGUAGUUCAGACCUUUAUAGGCACCAACGGCUUCACACAGGGGAGAGACCCUAUGAGUGCACCGUGUGUAACAAGCGAUUCACUCGGCGGUCGCACCUGAUAGGCCACCAGAGAACCCAUUCUGAAGAAGAAACGUACAAAUGCCUGGAGUGUGGGAAAAGCUUUUGUCAUGGAUCGAGUCUCAAAAGGCAUCUGAAAACGCAUUCGGGUGAAAAACCUCACAGAUGUCCCAGUUGUGGUAAAAGUUUUAGUAGACUGACAGCUCUAACUUUGCAUCAGAGAACUCACACAGAAGAGAGACCUUUUAAAUGUACUUACUGUGGGAAAAGCUUUAGACAGAGACCAAGCCUUGUUAUUCAUUUACGAAUCCAUACAGGGGAGAAGCCAUAUAAGUGUAGUCAUUGUUCUAAAAGCUUCAGGCAGAGGGCAGGCCUUAUUAUGCACCAGGUCACUCACUUUAGAGGACUUCUUUGAGAAUUGUCAAAGGCAGCAGGCUCCUACAGAAAUUGACACUCAAAAAAAAAAAGAAAUCUUAACCGACAGCAGCCUGUUUGUCUUGGAGGAAUCUUUUCGUUUGAGCUUAUGAGAACAGGUUUUAAGAACUAUUUUAAAACCCCGUCUUCCAAAGUAUAUGAAUUCUAGCGUAUCCAUCUAGUCUUGCAAUGUUCCCAGAUUCAAUUUAUUCUGUCUCUUACUUAAUUUUUUUUUUUUUAUGACAAUGAAAUCUUUUGUGUUCCGGGCCAACCGUAUCAUAGAUAUAAAGCAUAAAGCAUAUCACGGAUGACAAUCCUUUUCAGGGUAGGGUUAAUAUGAUGGAUAAUCGUGUCCACCAACAUAUCUCCUGUAGCAGCACCAGAAUUAUUCUGCUGUCAUUAUUUUUUUUUAAACAGCAACUCUUUUUUUUU